AUGUUCGGGGCGCAGCAGCAGCUGCAGCCGCCCGCGCUGCCCCCGCACCUCCAGCAGCAGCAGCAGCAGCACUACUACCGACGGCAGCAGCACUACAGCACCCUGCCCGCCCGCCGGCCCUGCCCCGAGCCGCCGCCCUGCCCCGAGCCCCCGCCGUGCCCGGAGCCGCCGCGGCCGCUGCCCUGCCUGGACCCCGCUCCGCACCAGCAGCAGGACGGCGCCGUGGCCUACGACCGGGUGCGCACCUACGGGCCGGGCUGCCGCCGGGUCAGCACCUCCUGCUCCUCCCGGGCCGCAUCGCCGCUGGACUGCGGGCACGGCUGCGACCCGCCACAGGGCACCAUCCGCAGGAUCAUUAUCGAGAACCCGGAUCAGGAGCCAUUAUCCCCUUUUCUUCGAGGGGCCAGUUUCUCUCCUGGAAAUAAUGUCAUCUAUGAAAAAACAAUAAGAAAAUAUGAGCUAUUAAAUCCCCUCCAAGAGCGGCAGUUCCCGGUGUGCCCGGCGGAGCCGUGCCAGCCGCUCGCGGUCACCCAGCAGUGCCAGCAGACACAGACGGGCAGUCCCUGCGAGCUGUGCCCGGGCCCGGGGAGUGACGAGUGCCGGGGACACCCCGUGAGGAGGGGCACGGCCCCCCCCGAGCUGGUGAGCUGCCCCCAGGACAGCCCCGAGCAGCUGGACUGCCGCUUCUUUGGGGAGCUGCUGGCCGAGCUGCACCGCAAGAGCAAUGACCUGUACAGCUGCUUGCUGCAGCACGUGGAGAAGAUUGGGACAAGGAACCACGACAUUGAAUUCACGUGCCAGACUGAAGAUAUUGAAGAAUUAAUUCCCAAAGGACUGUCUGAGGCAACAAAGCAGCAGAUUCGUUAUCUCCUCCAGAUGAGAGCGACGUCGGACAAAUCCCUGAGACUUGUGCUUUCCACGUUCAAGAACCUGCGGGAGGAGCUCUGCCAUUUGCAGGAUGACCUGGGGAAGCUGGAAACUGACAAUGUCUUGCUGAAGAAGGAUUUGGCUUUUAAGGAUUCCCAAGUGAAAGAAUAUGAAACAAUGCUGGCUUCUCUGAGGGAGAACAAUCGUCAGCAGCAGCAAGGGCUCAGGGACAGCACUGCCAAAUGCCGCUCCCUGGAGGAACAGCUCCUGUCCCUGCGGCUCAGCGAGGGUGACAAGGACUGCCAGCUGAAGGAGCUGGAGUACAGCAAGAGGGCCCUGGAGCAGGAGAUCCAGAGCCUCAAGCUGCAGAGCUGCUCCAGCCCCACCCUGCAGACCACGACAGACGAGCUCUCCAGCCGCUACGUGGAGAUGAUCAACAACCUGAGGGAGGACAAGGACAGGGAGAUCCGCAGCCUCAGGUCCCAGCUGUGCCAGUUCCAGCAGGACAUAACCAGGAGAGAGGGGAGCAACAGCGACUUGCAAAUGAGGCUGCACGAACUGACAUCGCUGCUGGAGGACAAAGAGGCUUUUAUUAAACAACAGCAGGAGGAGCUCUUCAGACUGAAGCAUGAGAAGUUAUCAGGCAGUCAGUCCCCUGGGGUGACAGCCAUCAUCACUAAAAAGUACAGGAAUCAGUAUCCUAUUCUGGGUCUCCUGUCUGAUGACUACAAGGUCACAUCACCUGUCAAUAAAUCACAAACGAUUGUAAUUGAGAGGACUGGAGAGAUCUGGAAACAUGUAAGUUUACCUGGAUAUGGACUGUUCCCUCUGUAAUCCCUAAGUGUUCAGUUUAACUUCAAAGCAAGUAUUACCCAAACUGAGAGCUCAGCGAUGCCCUCGUGGUAAUUUAACUGCAAAAAGCAAAGUGACUGACUGCAGCCAGGGAACUGUCCUGGCUUUUGGGACAGGCAGUAAUUGGUGGGUGUGGUACAAAUAAAACCUUUUGUUGUUUUCUCUGGCACGUAAUUACUCUGAACAAAAGCAUCAGCUUGCCCUAACACCGGCCCCGGGGUGUUGCUGUACUGGGCAGGUCGGCAGGGACUGUGUCCUGCUGUGCUCUCAGGUGAGCAGGGAUUUGGGAGGGCUGUGCUCCUCUGCACGAGGAGCAUUAAUGACUCCAAGCCAUUAGUAAAACAUAAAAAGCACCACAUCCCUGAAACUCACCGUGAGCCAGGGCAGUGACGAACCCAGGAAUGCAGAAGAGUGGUGACGUUUUAAGGAGUGAUUCAGAGUAAAAAUAGAAAACAGGGCUGCAGAAGCUAUUUCUGUUACAGGCAGGGCCCGUGGUGCCAAGUCUGGCUACAAGGUAAAGGCUGCAGAAAUGGCAGGGUGGCCAAGCAGGGGUGGUGGCUGCA